AUUUAAGCCUCAAACCUCUCUAAAAUUUUCAUUCUCUCUCUCUCUUUCUCUCUCUAGCUGUGCCUGUGUCGGUGUACACACAGAUCUUGUCCACACCACACUCUUCACCAUUUCUUUAUUUCUUUAUCAAGUUUUGAUUUUUGAGCUGAAACAAAUCGAGGGUAUCUCUUAUUUUUUCAUUUUCUGUUAAAGGUAGCUAAAGGGUAGUUUUUCUGAGGUUAUAUCUUUGGUGGGUUGGAGUAGUGUCACUAUAUCAUAUAGUUUGGUAGGUGUGUAUGUAUGUGGGAUCUUAUUUGGAUUCUUUGUUUUGUGAAGAGAAGAAUAAGAUGGGAUUCUUGUGCUUUUGUGAUAAUGUGUAGAGGUAGAUGGGGAAAAUGUGGAUGAGUUAAGGUGGAAAUUUUGUGUUUUUAAGGUUUUGUUUUGGAGAUUUUGUUUGGUUUUUGUGUUUUUGAGAUUUUACCUCAUAGGGAUUUUUUGGAAAAUUUGUGGGUGGCAGCAGAAAAUGCAGCAAGAUCAUAGAAAAAAGGGUUCAACGGAGAUGGACUUUUUCUCUGAAUAUGGCGAUGCCAACCGGUACAAAAUUCAAGAAGUCAUUGGGAAAGGAAGUUACGGUGUUGUCUGUUCGGCCAUUGACACUCAUACCGGUGAAAAAGUAGCCAUUAAAAAAAUUCAUGACAUCUUCGAGCAUAUAUCCGAUGCUGCACGUAUUCUGCGCGAGAUAAAACUUCUUAGACUUCUAAGACAUCCUGAUAUUGUUGAAAUAAAACACAUUAUGCUGCCGCCUUCUAGGAAGGACUUCAAAGAUAUUUACGUUGUUUUUGAGCUCAUGGAGUCAGAUCUUCAUCAAGUCAUUAAAGCUAAUGACGACUUAACGAAAGAGCACUAUCAGUUUUUUCUUUAUCAGUUGCUUCGAGCAUUGAAGUAUAUUCACACUGCGAAUGUCUAUCAUCGGGAUUUGAAGCCAAAAAAUAUACUGGCAAAUGCAAACUGUAAACUUAAAAUUUGCGAUUUUGGACUAGCUAGAGUUGCCUUCAGUGACACACCUACAACUGUAUUUUGGACGGAUUAUGUUGCUACAAGGUGGUAUAGAGCUCCAGAACUAUGUGGAUCAUUUUACUCAAAGUAUACACCGGCGAUUGAUAUAUGGAGUAUAGGUUGCAUCUUCGCUGAAGUACUAACAGGAAAACCACUUUUUCCUGGAAAAAAUGUAGUCCAUCAAUUGGAUCUGAUGACAGAUCUGCUCGGUACUCCCUCACUGGAUACCAUAUCACGGGUGCGCAAUGAGAAGGCAAGGAGAUACCUAACUAGCAUGCGAAAGAAGCAGCCUGUGCCAUUUGCACAGAAAUUUUCCAAUGCAGACCCUUUAGCAUUACGACUAUUGGAAAGAUUACUUGCUUUUGACCCAAAAGACCGGCCUACUGCUGAAGAGGCUCUGGCUGAUCCUUACUUCAAGGGACUGGCUAAAGUCGAGAGGGAACCGUCCUGCCAGCCUAUCACCAAAAUGGAGUUUGAAUUUGAAAGACGAAGAGUUACAAAGGAAGAAAUUCGAGAGCUAAUUUUCCGCGAGAUUCUAGAGUAUCAUCCUCAACUUUUAAAAGACUACAUAAAUGGAACAGAGAGAACUAAUUUUCUCUAUCCAAGUGCUGUGGAUCAAUUCAGAAAGCAGUUUGCACAUCUAGAGGAAAAUGGUAAAAACGGUCCUGUUGCGCCACUUGAUCGAAAGCAUGUUUCUCUUCCAAGGUCAACAAUUGUACAUUCAAAUACGGUACCUCAAAAAGAGCAAACAAGUAUUGCUUCAAGCAAAAACCGGCAAACAUCCGAGGAAUAUAAUAAGCUCUCGAGAGAUAAUGAAAUUCCAGUGCCAAGGCCAAUUCAGGGUCCACAAAGGAUUCCGCUAGCAAAACCUGGUAAAGUCGUUGGGCCGGUUGUUCCCUUCGAGUAUGGAAAUGUCGUUAAGGAUUCUUACGAUCCAAGGGCAUUUAUCAGAGGUCCUGUGCUUCCUCCUCAACCUGUUCCACCGGCAUAUUACUAUCAAAGGCCUGGUAGCACUGCAAAUCAAGAAAGGCCAACAGCAGGAGCUGAUAAGGGGGUGCCUUUGCAAGCGAAACAUGGACAACAAUGUGGAAUUAAUGCGAAAAUUGGACAUGAAAUAGCCAUUAAUAUUGAUACAAAUCCCUUUUUCAUGACAAGGGUAGGAGUGAACAAGGUAGAAAAAGACGAUCAAAUUGCAAUAGAAACAAACUUGUUGCAAUCAAAGGCUCAGUAUGGUGGAGUUGGUGCUGCAGCUGGGACCAAUUCUCACAGGAAAGUUGGACCUAUUCAAUAUGGUAUGACAAGAAUGUUCUAGGAAGAAAACAGAUUACCUGCAGCAUGUGCGUCACUUCUCGACCAUUUGGUCGUUUAGAAUUGAUUUAAUGAAUGUGUAAUCAGACCUGUCUGAUCUCAAAUCAAUGUCUGAGAUCUAUCACUCCAUGGAAUCCAGUUCCUUCUGGGAGAGGGUUUUCUUGUGAAUAUUUUGUCGAGGGGGAGCAUAGCAAUCCAUGCAGUGAAAAACGGUUCGCUUGAGGGAAGUAUUUCCAUGGUCAAUGUACAAAAUGUGAGGGAGUGUGAGGACCAUUGUGACAAUACUUCCCUAAAAAAGGCAAGCUUUCUUUUGUCAAAAUGCUAUGAACUUUGGUUAACAAAUAACAACUAUCCAAGAAACUGUAACAUUUAAAUUGAGUUCUAUGUUGUAUGUCAAUACAUAACUUUCUUCUAGGUGUUUGCAGUGAAAUCACUACCUUAAAACCAA